AUGGGAAGCGAGCACAGCGUCUUCCUUCCGCCGUGGGAGGCGGAGACCGAGGCGGAGAAGGCGCGCGCCGACGACUUUCGCGCCGCCGUCAAGUCGCUCUCCAACUCGACGGCAAACUUCCUCGUGCCGCACGUGCUAAGCUCUGACCCAGCAUUCACGUGGGACUGGGUAGAGCACCGGCCGUUCGCAGAGGCGGCGUACCAGAGCGACGAGCGUCUGACGAAGCUAAUACCUCGCCUCGUCCCUUCCCGCAUCUCUGAGGAGGACUUUUGGCGAAACUACUUUUCGCACGUCUUUGCUGUCAAGCGCCGCUUCGAGGCCGAGGCUGCGGCGCCCGAACCGAGCGACCUUGCGCCGAGCUGCAGCAGCGCGGCAAGCGGCGCUGGCGUGCGGACCGCGGCGCCGCAGCCUCCUGCCAUGCUCAAGUCGGCGUCGUCGCUCGCAACGGUCUCGUACCCUGAAAAGUUCCACCUGGCGGUGCACUAUGCCAAUCACGGGCCACCGCUGCCAAGCCUGAGCGACGCGGACCGCAUCUUGCUCGAGGCGCUUCAGAUGCAGGCAGCCCCGUGGCAGCUA